AUCCCCCAAAAACAACCCUUUCCAUGCUCGCCCUCUCUGGCCCCUCUCACGGAAGCAGAAGCGGAAGGGAAGAGAAAAACAACUUGCUCGCUCUGCGUGCCUUAUCCACCAAAACAACACGUUCCCCUCGAUAAACAUCAAAUAAUUCUCAACUCCUUUGGCCAUUCUUCUCGUCCCUUUCACCCCUGUCGGCUGCCUUGUAGCGUUAUCGGGUAAUCUCUUGUUGUGUGGAUAUCUCAUCGUCCCAUUUCGCGCAUCUUGUCAACACUUACCUCGACUUAUCCUGGCGUGAAGGAUCAACAUCACAACAACAACCGUUUCUCUCGUCCUGACAACCACCUCCACACACAUACUGCGAAACAACAACCGCCACCCCUCCUCCCACUGUUGCCCCACCAACUUCAUCAGCAACAACAUCUCUCUCCGGUCCCUUUGGCUAUGGAGGAUUCUUCAGGAUCCGGCUCGCCUUUGCCUCAAGGUAAUUGCUAUUUUGUUUUGUUUUUGAUGGCUCCCUUUGUUCCUCCCUGAUUCUGAUUGUUAAAUCCCCCGCUCCAUGGAGAUCACUCAUUCAUUCCCUUAUUCUUUCUCGCGUUAUGUCCAUUUCUUUCGGUCGGCAACAAACUUAUAAUCUGAAUUUGUUUCUCACUCAUUUUCCUUCGUCAUCAAAGGCCCCAAUUCCUCUGGAAAUUCUCAGACCGCACGCUCUAGGUCCCGUUCGAUCGCCUCUAAUUCUAGCACGCCCCAUCCAAAUGCUCAUCCCCGGAUUUCCUCUGGGAUACCGCAAUACAACCAGGAACCAUACAACAGCGAGAAUCAUCCAAUGACCCACCCAUCUCUUCUUGUCAUGACCCACAACCAGAUAACUGAAAUACAACCUCCCAUUGGCACCUCUCUCGAAGGCUCUCCACAGACGAACACUGCCUUUCCCAUCGAUCCGGCUCUUGGGGGAAGUCCCCCGGAGCAGAUUCCUCUACCUGAGCUUAGGUCUCCAACCACGCCCAUUCCAGACAUUCCGAGCUUUAGCCAGGAUCGUGUUCCUAAAGAUGAAGAGAGCCGUGAGUUUGAUACUGGGAUGGUUGUUGACGAGGAGGAAGAGAACGCGGGACCCUCGUCCGGGAGGAAUUCAAAACGAGGGUCUGUGAUCGCUGAGGACAGUGAUGCCGAGCUUCGUCGGCUAGCCGAGGAGAACAAAACAGUCCCAUUGGAUGAGCUCGCUAGGAGGGUCAGAAAUGAUGAAAACACACCGUCCGCCGAAAAGACAAGGCAGGUUUACGGUUUGGGAUGGUAAACUUCCCCCUCCCUGCUCUGCGGCUGCUUUAUCCGUCCUAUAGGCUCUCUAGCAGAUCUUGAGGGCCUUUUUUCACCCCUGUUGUAGCCGUCUUCUGUACCCCCAGGGCUCCGAUUUACGGACACAUCGGGAGCUAACUCCGUUCGUCUAGGUUGCAAAAGAACUGUGAGAGAGUUCCCGAUGCCUCGGUCGCCGUUCCUCGCAAUCGUGUAUAUGCCCGCUACGUCGGUAUCUGUGCCAAUGAACGCAUUAAGCCUUUGAACCCUGCGUCUUUUGGAAAGCUAGUCCGGCUCAUGUUUCCUGAAAUAAAGACACGCAGACUUGGAGUCCGUGGACAAUCCAAAUACCACUAUUGUGGUAUUCGCCUCGCAGGCGAGCAGUCAUCCCCCAAAGUGUUGCAAGGUUCAGGUUCCGCCUCAGGAUCGGAACCACCCGCGCAAGCGGCUGGGGAUGAUCAUCUGCAAGUCUUCAACCCUUCUGCUCCUUUGCUGCCUAAGUUACUGACAGAUAGCAGAAUGAGUAACGGCUCGGCUCCGCCCUUCAGUAGUAACUCCGUACAAAAGACAAUUCAAAACAGCAUCAAAAAUUCUUCGUAUAAAGCUUCGAGCAUUUCUCUCAAUUCUCCUGUGUCAUCAUUCCUGCAAAACGAGCUAUACUUCUCCCGUAAUGAAGCAGAUAACCUAUCAUCAAAUGAAAUCCUUAAACUCCCCGACAUAGACCUAUACGCUCCGCCCGGCACAGACCCUGACAUAUCAGCCACUCUCACAGCCAUCUACAGAUCUCAUUGUACCUCGCUCAUAGAAUGUGUUCGAUACAUGCGGCUAAAACAAUUUCAUCAGCUUUUCAUUUCCUUUCACGGCACACUAACCACUCCCGUCCAAAAGCUCUUAGGCGAACCCUCGCUUGCUUCUUGGAUUCGGGAGUCUGACUGGGUCAUGUACAAGGUUGGCCGGAUCCGUUGCCCCUCUCGUUGUCAGCUGUGCUCACCUUUUCUCUAGGAAAUGAUAAGACUGCUUUCGCCAUUAGCAUUACAAGUGGUGCCUCCAUUCGUCGUGACCGCUCUUCGACAUCUUUCUACAAACCUAACAUCCCACAUAUCGAUGACAUUUGCUGUCCAACCCCAGCAUGUCAUUGACGCAAAGAUCGUGCCGUCUAGCAUAUUUUCUAGUCUCUUGGACCGAUUGCUGCGUGUAAACGAUGCCGCGCACGCAGCAGCUAGAUUUCUCGGAAACCCUCCCGAUAGAGAGCAAAUGGUCAAGGACUGGGGGGACUAUGUCAAUGCGCAAACAAUCGUGGACCGUGAAUUGCCCUGCGGUUCUGCCGCGGUAAGAGAAAUCCUACGAACCGAGGUUAUCACCCUGUUGCAGCCACCUUCGACAUCUGUAAAUGGGAUUCCCGAACCAGAAGACGGUUCAGCAUCCACAGAAAGUGUCUUGGACCGAUGGACACAAUUCCUAACCUACCUCCCUCACCGGUUCCCAGGAGCAGACCCGCGGUACUUCAACCUGUGCCUUGGCGCCGCAGCGUCUGCCGCCCUGCGGGAUUUAACAACUAACGGCGCUGUAUCAUUCGGUAGCUGGUGGGUCGUCCGUUGCUGGGUGGACGAGUGGAUGGGGUGGCUCGCCGAGCGAGGUGGAUUUCUUCGCCAUUCUUCGGAAUCGUUGGUACACGUUGGUAGUAAUCGUGUGGGUGCUGAGGAAGAGCGUGUCUCUGUCGAGGUGGAUUUGACCGAUAAUGGGGACGAGCUUGGUCAUGAUGAUAGUGGUAUAUCUUUACGGGGAGGAGAGGAACCAAUACAUCUUCUUGAUGAGGUAGGGGAUGAUCGGGAUAAUAGGAUGGUCACCAUCAAGUUUAGCAAGUAGCAGUCGCGGCGUACUCGUGUUGGCGGUGUGCCUUUCCUUAUGAUACCCUGUCCCCGAUUGAUUGAUUUGCCUUCGGCUUUACAUAUCUUUAAUUGUUGAAUUUUUGUUGCGUUUUGUUUAUUCCCCCCUUUCCUUCUCACGGUAGCUACUGAAGGCUCUGGAAGCGAGUCCUCCCCGAAUUACUCAUUUUUAAUGAAGGCGUGAUGAUUGGUUACUUUCUUGUAUAUCGGGUUAAAAAUCUUUUUUUUUCCUUCCAUUUUUUCUCUCUUUUCUUUGAAGCUCUUUUUGAUCACUAUUACUAUUUGAUUUACUUUUUUACGCAUCAUCAUCUUUACAAUUCUGGCUAUUUCUUUCUUUCCCUUACUCCUUCGACUUUCUUUCGGUUGUUUCCUUUGUUAUAAACAGGGGUUGUCGGAGUACUCUUUCAUGUAGGUUAACAUCUUUUAUCUUCCUUUCUUUCGCUCCCUCACUCUCUCAAAGCCGCCGCCGUGUGUCCGAGGCAGGAUCUUUGGGAUUGGUCUCAGUUCUUGUGUUGCAUAUGUAUGGUACGGCCUACUGCCCUGCAUUCUACUUUGGUGAUGAUGGUGUGCCUGCUGCUAUGACAUUGCUCUAUUGUUGUUUUUUCCCUUCUUCUUCUCUCUCUCUCGCCCGCCUGCCUGCCUGCUCAGUGCUGUUAUUGCGUAGUUGAAUUGCCUGCCUGACUUGGAUCAUGUUGGCGAGAAUGAAAUGGCAUGACUUAACUAGAGAGAGAAGAGGGAACAAUGCACUACAAUGGGGUAACAUUCAAUGUGUGGUGUCGCCGGGUAUUUUUAUUAUUAUUAAGCUGCUAGCAUAUGCGCGUCACCGUACCGGUACGAAGCUUUCCAAAAAAUUGGUGAAUCGAAGCAACACAAGGCGGUAUUUUGGCCCGGUAGACUGCCAAUUCACCUCAUAUCCAAUUCUACUGGUCAGGUGGGGGGGGGGGGUCCCAGUCAAGUGAGGGGCGCAAGAUCAUCUUAGGAUCCAGGCAGGGGAUACUGCGCUCGAAUGCUCCAUCAUAUUGUGGCGCUGGCUAUACACGAUCCUCAACCAAGGCCCGGUGAACGACUCAGGCUGAGGCAUGAUAUGGUGUCUCGUCUCAUAACCCCCCAUGCCCUCCGGGGCACAUGGGAAAUGUCUUUGGUCGGCUGGAGGACCGACGCCAGCUUCCCCCGAUUACUAAGAGGGAGGGAGCGCCAUGGAACAAACUUAUAGAAUACAGUUCCGGAGAUAGAGACUUUGGAUCGGGGUAUGAUACCUAAAGUUC